AGUAUUAGAUUAACCCGUCCCUCUGGUCUACCUCGAGUUAAGCCACACCCUCACCCACUGAGCAAGGCGGAGGAGGAGGAGGAGGAAAAAUAAUUAUACCCGGAAAAGGACAAAGGAAUCGCGCCACCGCGGGGAGGAGGAGGAGGCCGUACGGCGCGGCCGCCCGCCGUCGGAUCUGCGCCGGCGACUCGCCCGGCCGCCCGAGGAGGAGGUGGCGGCGGUGUCGCUCCGUCCCGUUCCCCGCCUUCGAGCGCCCAGAUCCGCCGUCCCGCCGGUAUCUACCACUGAAUUGUGAGAUAAAGUGCUUUCUGUUGAUGCAAGAGGGUGUGCAUACAUCUUCAUCUAUGGCCUACUAUUGAUUGCUCUGCAGUGAUCAGUUUGAAGUCUUCUUUCUUCCUCUUGCUACGAGUAUUCUUGCUUCUCUGGUGGGCUACAGGAGAGGUGGAAGCAGAUAAAGGCAGGCAGGCAGCUCAGCCAUUCUAUGUCCAGGGACUUGGAUUGUCCUGUUCAGACACAGAUGGCUGUUGCAGUCCUGGAUCGGAGUUUCAGCAGUGACUAUCCUGCAAGCAGCAAAACUGAGGGGAGACCAUUGAGCUGGAAGAGAGUUUUUGUUCAAACUGAUAAUGGUUCUGUCCUGGGCAUUGAACUGGAGAGGGGGGAAAAUGCGCACUCUGUGAAAAAAAAGCUGCAGAUAGCUUUGAAUGUUUCCACAGAGGAGAGCUCACUGACCUUUGGUGAUCUUGUUCUGAACAAUGAUCUCAGCAAUGUCCGCAAUGACUCGCCGUUGCUCCUCACAAGGAAUCAGAUGCAUCGGAGCAGCUCAACACCUUGUCUCUCUCCUACUGGAAACGGCGUGCAACAGCGAGACCGUAGUGGACCCAUUGCUAUCCUUGGAUGUUCAAGCCCUUCCCCUCAGAUGAAACAGCUUGCUAAGGAUAUUGUCAAAGCCAUAAGGAAUGAUGUUGACCCAGUAGCUGUUAACAGUGGGAUGGGUGGUGCCUACUACUUCAAUAACAUUUGGGGUGAACAUGUUGCAAUUGUAAAGCCAACGGAUGAGGAACCAUUUGCUCCAAAUAAUCCUAAAGGCUUUGUAGGGAAGACACUUGGACAGCCAGGCCUCAAAAGGUCUGUACGAGUUGGUGAGACAGGGUUCAGAGAGGUUGCUGCUUACCUCCUUGACCACGGCCACUUUGCAAAUGUUCCUCCAACCAUGCUGGUCAAGAUCACACACACUGUGUUCAAUGUGAAUGCCACUGUUGGCUGCAAUCAUAAGAUGUUCCACAACAAAUCACAGGCUGUGAGCAAGAUUGCAUCAUUGCAGCAGUUCAUACCUCAUGAUUUUGAUGCCAGCGACCAUGGGACAUCAAGCUUCCCUGUAUCUGCUGUGCACAGGAUUGGCAUUCUUGACAUCAGAAUCUUCAACACGGACAGGCAUUCGGGCAAUCUUCUGGUCAGGAAAGUUGGUCCUGGGUCUGACAACUUUGGAGUGCAGACUGAACUCAUUCCUAUUGAUCAUGGUCUUUGUCUGCCCGAAUGUCUAGAGGACCCUUACUUUGAAUGGAUUCACUGGCCACAAGCAUCCAUCCCUUUCUCUGAGGAGGAACUUGAAUACAUUGCAAAUUUGGAUCCUUUAAAAGAUGCUGAUAUGCUACGGAUGGAGCUUCCCAUGAUCCGCAAGGCAUGUCUGCGGGUGCUGGUGCUGUCAACAAUAUUUCUCAAGGAAGGUGCAGCAUUUGGCCUCUGCUUGUCCGAAAUAGGAGAGAUGAUGAGCAGGCAGUUUACUGGGAAAGAAGAAGAGCCAAGUGAGCUUGAGCUUCUUUGCAUGGAGGCAAGGAAGUGGGUCGAGGACAGAGAGCUAUUUCUUCCAGAAGCCGGAGUUGAAGACGACGAUGAUGACUUCACCCAGUUCUCUCUUGACGGCGAGGAUGAUUCAGAUGCAUUUGAAUCACCCUCAUUCAGCAGGUUUGGUCCCAUGAAGGCAAGUCACAGGAACCCACUGUCAAAGCUAGCCGAGUGUGAUGAGGAGGAGGAUGAUGACAAGGAGAUGAUCAAGGAUGACUCUGACCCCUUGAACGGUAUGUUUCCGAAGCUGGUCCCUCCUGUCUCAAAACUGUCCGCGUCGCUGAAGGGGUUUGGUUUCCAUGGGAAAGCUAAACCCUACCACGGAGGCAUUCCGAAGACGAAGAGCAAGGUGGCUGCUAAAACUAACUAUAGUGGCGAAGGUAGUAUGUAUCAGUCUGGAAGCAGGAGCGCGAAUGAGAUGCUCCCUCCCAGCGCCAGUUUUGUGAAGCUGUCGGACAUGGGCUCCGAGGAGUGGAAUGCGUUCCUCGACAAGUUCCAGGAGCUCCUCCCGAGCGCCUUCGAAGCACGGAAGCACGCGGCUGGCGCCGGCCCGCGCCCGCUGCAGAGGCUGGGAACUUCUUGCCAGUUUUGAAGGUAGCAGUACGUACCCAAAGGUAAUGUAGAUGCGACCCAGGUGUGCAGGUGUUUUCUUCGCGGCAGCCGGAAGCAGCCCUAUGCGCCUGUAGGUGUGUGUUUGGACUACGGAUCGAGGAGAGGAGAAGAUAGAGGUGGUUCGAUAAAAAUAAAGACCGUCCCCUUGACAUGCGAUCUUCCCGCAAAGUGUGUCUUCGUGUUUGUGCAUAGUUUUAGCUUUUGACAUAUCAAAUGGUUUGUUCUUUCUUUCGUCUGUAUAUAUACCAAGUACUACUCCUACCUCGCAACGCCGGGCUCCAUCAGGGCUGGUGGUACCCGGUGGUGGUCGUGUUGAGUGUUGUCGGCGCCGCCGCUGUUUCGGCUUCGCCACUGUACCAUUUCCGAGACGCUUACCAUAAUAAUAAUAAUAUAGUAUGAAUAUGCACCUGGAUUACA